AGCGGCUGGAAUUGGAGACGACUAAAUUGGAAAGAAAAUUGUGGGAAAAAUAAAAAAAAAAUAAAAUAAAAAUAAAAAAACUAGAAGAUGAAAAAGGGGGUCCAAGGAUUGUGUAUCACAUAUGAUACAUUUAAUGUUAUAAUAAAAAUUUAUAAAAAAAUUUCUUAUGGCAAAAAUGGCCAUUUAAAAUGUUUUGGGUGUAGGUCUGCACUUCCCCAAAGUGGAGCUAUAAUGUAGGUGGAGCUCAUAAAGGGGACGGGGGUGUGUACACUGAUGAGCCAAAACAUUAUGAUAACUUACAGAUGAAGCAGAUAAUACUGGGGCACCUUGGUCAGCAGUGGAAUAUGCAAGAAUCUGAGGCUUGGCGUUUUCUGGAGACCCACCAAAGCACAAUUGUACAGCGUGUGAGAGAUGUGGACAGUUUGGCUGACGUCCUGAGUCAACCAAGUUUUUCUGAGCCGAGCGUUCUUUCUCAAGAAAUGGCCAGUAAGAUCCGCACUCAGAAAACCAGAGUGGAUAAAAUGCGUGAAGUUUAUGAGCAUCUGAACUCAAACAGAGGAUUUGAAUUGACGCUGAAAUGGCUGCAGGACAACGAGCCUGAUCUGAUUGAAGAGCUGGAAAAGAGCAGCGAGACAGACGGUGGAGCCCCAGCAAGAAAGAGGUGCAGACGCUCUGCAGAAGCUGUGGAUCAGACAGACAGUGGUCUCGGAACACCUAAUCUCAAGACCCUGUUCACCUUUGCCAAGCUGGAAAAAUGGGUGUCUGCUUUGGAAAACAGCCAGAACCUUGUUGAUGAACUGAAAAACAAGCUUGCAGAUGGUCAAAUGGAGGCACUGAAAGAAAACCUAAAAGAUAAGAAGCUGAAAAAAAGUUUUUGUUUUAGCAUCAAUGAGGUUAAAAAAAUUGAGAGUAACCAAAAACUUAAGAGAUUUUUUCAGUCACAGGGUGUGGACUUUCCUAAUCUUGCAGUAGAUUUGUUUUUUGAGAGAGACACAGAGCUGCGGCCUCAAAAUGUUCAAAAGCAAGCAAAAAAACCCCAAAGAAAACCUCCAAAGUCUGAUGGAGAAGAUGACGCACCACCAGAGGGAAUCACUGUGGACAUGCAGCAGAUUGUGAGUGAACCAAACAAGGAGGUUGACCUAGGACAGGGCAACAGUGAGCCUUAUGAGGCAGAGAACAGGAAAGACUGGGCAGCAGAAAAAGACAAAACAACACAAGAGCUCAAUAACCAGGCAACAGAAAAAGACAAAACACAAGAGCUGAAAGAAAGCAAAAUGAAUGAACAUUACAGGCUGCUGUGUGAGUGGGUAAAGGAAAAAUGCCACAAUGAGGGAGAAGCCAAAGAAAUGUUUGACUGCAUUUCAAUUGAAAACCAAGUAGAACACAGUGAGUACCCAUGUUUCAUUGCAGAAAAGGUCAUGAUGCAUACGGACCCCCAAACUGAAGUAAAACAGAUCAUUGUCCUUGAUAAGAAAAAUGAGGCUGCCAAGAAAAACCUCCUAAAGGACACUAGAAUUCUCCUCAAUUAUCAGAUGUGGGUGUGUGGUGUUAAGAAAGCAGUGCUCAUCAAUCAGAAAGAAAGAGUAAUUAAUUAUGACCCGUCUUUUGAAGCCACUAUAAAACUGUGUGAAAGAUUGGUGUUUGAAGUCUUUGCCCCGACUCUAGUAUUGUUCAAGAACAUGCAGAGAGAGAAGUUCACCAAAACCACUAAAGAUUUCUACUGCAGUGAAGUCAUGUACUCGCAGCCAGAGUGAUUCAUUUACAUGUUUUCCAUGUCAUAUUUGAUUGGAAUUUAAUCAAAUUUAAUCUAUGCUUCACACACUUGCUUUACUAUUUUCAAAACCACCUGUCUUGGCAAUCCAAACGUUUGACGUCUAGCAUAAUGUCCCCUCAUCUGCUAAACAGCAGAGUGUGCAGGCAACUUUUUUAACACUGACAGGCAAUUUCAUUACAGUUGUCUUCCCUUCAAUGUGCAGGUGAAGCAGCUCACUCAACAACAACAGUGAUGUCCUUGAUAAGCGGAGAUUCUCUCGCUAUUCUUCUCCAACAAAUGCUUUGUUUUCAAAGUUGUAUCGUCUUGCCCAAAACUGGCUCUGUUCUUCAAUGCAGUGUAGGAGUAACUGCACAUUUAUGUGUAAACAUGUAACAAGUCCUGUUAACACUGCUAAAAGCAGCACUAUUUUGGCUUCAUCCUCACAAAACCACUGCAUGAAAAAAAAGAAGUGGUUGGUGUAGUGUAGUGGGUAACACCUGCCUGCCAUGCUAUAGACUGUGAUUUAAUCCCCCCCUUACUAUACCAAUAGGAGUGCUUGGGCAAGACUACCAUCAUCUAUUUGUGUAAAAAUAUUAAACUGUAAGUCACUGAAUAAGAGCAUCUGUCAAAUGCAAUGAAUGCAAAUGUUAGUUUAAAUCAUUUGGGAAGAUCAUGAAUACACAGCAUCUCUUCUACAAUAAACUAUGACCAUUUUAUUAAACUAAUGAAUCUAGUUAGUGUGCAGUAGGAUAUCCAAUUUUCAUUUCAGCUUUCAUGUUAUGCGAUUAUAUGUAAUCAUUAAACUGAUUUAUAUGUAUUUGUACUUUACUGCUUUGUUAAAACUGUGGAGCAAAACUCUUCUUGCUUUUCAGCCCAAGAAACAAAAAGAAAUCAAAUUGUGUCUGAACUGCUUGAGAAAAUCACCUGUUAAAUAAAAAUAUGAUAU